AUGGCGUCGCGCGCAAUGCAUCACGGGGAAACUCGCGCAUGGAAAACUAUGUAUUCAUUCUAUCAGUUAUUACUUCCUCACUGUAACUUUUUACAUUACACAGGACCUAGUAAUACAUCUCAUGAAGAAGUGAACGGAAGAGAAAAUGUAAGAGAACUAUUGAACUUAAAUGAAGAGAAUGGAAGAGAAAAUGUAAGGGAACUACUGAACUUAGAAGAAGAGAACGAUAGAGAAAAUGUAACAGAACUACUGAACUUAGACUUAGAAGAAGUGAACGGAAGAGAAAAUGUAACAGAACUACUGAACUUAGAAGAAGAGAACGAUAGAGAAAAUGUAGCAGAACUGCUGAACUUAGAAGAAGUGAACGGAAGAGAAAAUGUAACAGAACUACUGAACUUAGAAGAAGUGAACAGAAGAGAAAAUGCAGCAGAAGUACUGAACUUAGAAGAAGAGAAAAUGCAGCAGAAGUACGGAACUUAG